AUGGCGUAUAAGAAUGGAGGUUUUGUCGAGUAUUCAGACUCGGAAAUAAAGCAGAUGCUGGGACGUGCUGGGAGACCGCAAUUUGAUGAUAGUGGAACAGCGGUCAUCAUGACAACCAAUGAUAUGAAACAAAGAUACGAAGCGUUUGUGACUGGAGCCAAAGACAGGCUUGAGAGCAGCCUGCACGAAACUCUUCACGAACACAUAAAUUCGGAGAUAUGCCUUGGAACCAUAAACCACGUAAACAGGGCAAAGGAAUGGUUAAAGUCGACAUUUCUAUACAUAAGAAUGAGAUCGAAUCCACAGAGAUAUGAUCCCGAAUUCAAGGAAGGAUAUGAUUGGGAAAAACGACUCGAAGGUUUAUUUCUUAAUUUUGACCCAUCGAAAAAGAGAUAUUUAUCUGGAAAGUCGCAUGCCGUGCAACUUACCAAUGCCACUUCUUCAGGGAUCUGUAUGAAUGAUAUAGGAAAUCUAGUCAUCUCGGAAAUGGUUACAAUGAAUAAUGACAUCCUGAGGCCUACCAGUAAGAAAGAACCUGUGGUCGUUUGA